AAUAGCCUAAUAUUACAUUUGUCGUACGAUAAAGACUUUAAGUUAUGUUGAUUGGUUAUCAGAUAGAGUUUUAUAAAGAACUCUAUUUGAUAGCCAAUCAAUAUAUUUAAAAUCUUUGUCGUACGACAAAUGUAAUACUAGCUUAAAGCUUGUGUGCGCGCGCGAACACAAGUUCGCCAACUGUCGCCACGCGCAAAUUGACAUGUCGUCGAAAUGUAAAACGUGACCGAUUUCCCAACCUCUAAGAGCAUUUUUGUCAUUUACUAAUUUUUGUUUUUACAUAGACGCGUAACAGUUUUGGAUCUCCGAACCUUAUGUUUAGCGCAAAAACGUAUCAAAUGAGCAUUAAGUCAUUGAAAUCCGUAGUGAAAAACAAAAUCUAAAGAGAUGUGAAAAGAAGCGCACACGUUUGUACAAAAAUACAAAAUUGAAAAUUUCCAAAAUGAUUCCUCACAUGUCGCACGUGAUGACACUCGCCAACAGCAUCAUAGGUGUAAGCGUUCUCGCUAUGCCCUUUUGCUUCAAGCAAUGCGGUAUCGUGCUGGCUGUAUUGCUGUUGCUUCUGUGCAGCGUCUUGUCCAGGUUGGCUUGUCACUUUCUCAUCAAGUCAGCCGUAAUAUCUAGGAGACGCAAUUUCGAACUACUCGCAUUCCAUGCAUUUGGACACAUGGGUAAGUUUCUGGCGGAACUUUUUAUCAUCGGUUUUAUGCUGGGCACGUGCAUCGCGUACUUUGUUGUCGUCGGCGAUCUGGGACCACAGAUAAUUGGCAAGAUGAUAAGCAAGACUCCAGCCAACGUUCGCACCAGCUUGCUCGUCGUUACCGGAGUCUUCUUGGUAUUGCCACUGGGACUGCUUCGAAAUAUCGACAGUCUCGCCAGCAUUUGCACCGCCACCAUCGUUUUUUAUAUCUGCCUUGUACUAAAGAUAAUGAGCGAGUCAACUUUCCAUAUUUUCGCGGGAGAUUGGUUUGACGAUGUUAACUACUGGAGACCGGAUGGUAUUCUCCAGUGCCUGCCGAUAUUUUCGAUGGCGCUCUUCUGUCAAACACAACUGUUUGAGAUAUACGAAACCAUUCCGAAUGUAUCUUUAGAGAAGAUGAACGAAGUUGUGCGCGGAGCGUUGAACAUGUGUACUCUCGUAUACGUGUGCGUUGGCUUGUUCGGUUACAUAGCAUUUUGCACCCAGUCGUUUACAGGAAACAUUUUGCUAAGUUUCGAUCCUAGUAUAACGUCGGAUUUGAUCAAGCUGGGAUUUGUGUUUUCGGUCGCGUUCAGUUUUCCUCUAGUCAUUUUUCCGUGUCGCGCGAGCUUGAAUUCCCUUUUGUUUCGCAGGAUGCACACUCACGAGCCGUCCGUCAAUUACUUGCCGGAAUCCAGAUUUCGAUGCCUCACCAUCGCGAUAGUCGGCAUCUCCCUCGUCAUUGGCAUUCUGGUGCCGAACAUAGAGUUUGUUCUCGGUAUCGUGGGAUCGACGAUUGGUGUGAUGAUUUGUUUGAUAUUCCCGGCAGUGUUCUUCAUAUCUAUAAGCACCAAAAACACUAACGAACGAUUAAUAGCGCAGGGCAUUUUAUUCGUCGGCGUUUGGAUCAUGGUUCUCGGCACUUACGCCAAUUUGUACGCUAUGGAGGAAUCGACGAGUGCGAAACUGACGAUAACCAGCAAACCGCUCGGUCAGGUUAACAAUUUGCCGCUUAAUGUAAUUAAAGAGAACUUGCACAUUAUUCCCGAUGUUCCCGAUAGCUUGGACUUUGUUCACAGAGCUAAUAAGGACAAGGGCAACAAGUUACCGGAGAUAAAUGUUCUCGAGAAAGACGUUCGACAGGAACCGCCGAUACCGGUCGAACGUGUGAUCGUCACCGAGAAGCCGUUGAACGUCGAUAAAUCUGACAAGAUCACAGCGGGCACUCUUGUGCCGGAAGUGAAGGAAAUGGUUGAAACGAUUAAAACGUUAAACGUCGUCAAUUUAAAUCCGCAAGUCGCCGUUAGCACCGAAGUUGCCAAAAUCGACGAGCCCGUCACGUUAAAAGCGGAAGAGAUAAAGAUAAUCGAGGAAAAGGAGCGAUCGAUGGACCUGCAGAAAAACGACAUUCUCAUCGAUCUGGACGCGAUAAAAAAGGAGGAAUCGGAAUUAGCGGCGGACGGGGACGUCGCUAACGCGAGAGCGGCGGAACGGCACGAGCAGCUGCGGAAGACGCUGGAGAAGCACAAGUUGGAGCAACGUCAGAUGAUGCAGGAGCAAAAGAAGAUUCUGAACGACAUCAAGGAGCAGAAGCAAGAACUCGAGAGGGAAAAGCAGAGAAUGGCGAAGGACGAGAAGAAGGUGCGGAUUAACGCGGAUGAUGUUUUGACGAAGAGCAAGGACAGUCCGAGAGAAAAUGGCAAGAAAACGGUAGCAAAUAGCGAGGACAACAUCGAAAAGGGUAAGAAAGCACUUUUGGAAGAGAAGGAACAAGAUAUCGCUAACAACGCGGAGUCAAGUGGAAAGCAACAGUCGCGAGACGAGAACCACGAAAUGAACAUUGCGGCUGAAAACAGCGAAAAGAACUUGAAUUUGCUUCGAAAGAUGUCUCACGAUGCGAAUAUCGAGGGAUCGCGAAAAAUCUCGAAAGACGCGCCGGCUAAAUCACCCGUCAUGGAGAAAAUCACUGAUCGCGGAGCGUUCGAACAGGUGGCGCCGUUGCGAAACGAGAAACGAGACGAGGAGAAGAUAGAACAAGUCGAAUUCAAUAAUUCGGUAAACAUGAAAGGUCCGAUCUUGAACGUGCUGUCGAAGGGAGCCCUGCGCCGAUCCGUGGCAGAGGAAGAACUCGCUAAAGAGACCGACAAGAAAGAGGAGAUCGUAAACAAGGUUGUUGGAGCGUCGGAUAAAGAACACGACGACCGAUACUCGGUGCCGAUCGCGCUGAAGAUGACAAACCAAUCGAAAGCGGACAAGACCGCGAUCGAACAAUCGUCGUCGAACAAGAGCGAACCGAUGAUUCUCGCUAUACGCAGAGAUAUCCUGGAGAAAAACGAGCGCGAGAAACGAGACGCGGACUUAGCGAACGACACGAGAAUCGAUCGUCCGCCGGAGACGUUCGAAUCUUUGGCGAAGAACGUUAACGACGCGGAGAUCUGUUCGAAGGACAAUUCGAAGACGUCCAAGGUGGAAAAGGAGAUCGAGAAACAGACAACCACGAGCACAACAACCGAAGCUCUAAUCAAGACGAACGUUUACUUGUCCGAGCAAGGAAUGACGAAGACAAUUCCUUUGGGAGAUUCCCCGCGCAUCGGCCUAAGCGGGGAAUACGCGAGCAUAAAGCAGAGAGAUUUAAAGACUCUAGAUUUAAAAACCAACAUAGAAAUAUAAAACUGACAUAUAUAUG